AUGGCGAGCAAUAGUAACAGCAGUAAGGACGACUUGGAGUCAUGGAUGUGGUCACUUAUCGUACUAGCGAUUGUAUUCGUGGUGGGACUGCUGCUCUUCAUCAUUAAUUUCUUUAAGAAUCGUCCGCUGCGUGGUGAUAAUCGUAGAGAAGUAGCGCAGACACGGAAUGUUGGUCGUCCAAAGACAAAGAACGACGUCAAUCUGUUGCCAAUUGUACCUUGUAAAAGUCAAGCGCGAAACGAAGCGAGCAAUUGCGCGAGCAUCACGCGUUCCCAUGAUACGAACCCGUCGCAGAUUUCAGGCUUUUCAGGUGGAAGCUAUCGCACGGAUGCUGGAAACCAGAUGAACAGUACGCUGACAGACACCGAAAUCGUGACGCAGGAGCGCGCGUUUUCACCCAUUGGCGCUUCCUCUCAUUCUGCACCAUUAUCGGACUACACUCAGGGCGUGGAGACCAGCACGAUGUCAGCCAGUCCUAGUGAGCCUGACCGUCAUUUAUAUCCGUCUUGUAGCAGCUAUUCUCAUUCAAGUGAUAAUAACUCGUUCUCUAGCCAGUUGACUGUUAAUGGCUUAGACACAGAGACCGGUACGAAAGUUUCUCCGCGCAAGUCGGAUGAAUUUUAA